UUUCUUCUUCCGGACUGUUAAAAUCAACAUGGCGAGCGGUGCACUUUUCGGUAGUUCGGCCACCCGGUCUUCCAGUAAAAACCUUGUUGAAUUCCGGGCUGGAAAGAUGUUCAUGAAGGGCAAGAUGGUCCAUCCCGAUAAGAGGAAGGGCCAAGUGUACGUUUUUCAAUCUGAGGACUCUCUGAUGCAUUUUUGCUGGAAGGAUCGUACCUCCGGCACCGUCGAAGAUGACCUGAUCAUCUUCCCAGAUGAUGUUGAGUUUAAACAUGUGACUCAGUGUACAACCGGGCGUGUCUAUGUCCUCAAGUUCAAGUCCUCCACACGAAAGUUCUUCUUCUGGAUGCAGGAACCCAAGUCGGACAAAGAUGAUGACUAUUGUAAGAAAGUUAAUGAAUACCUGAACAAUCCCCCCACACCAGGAUCGAGUCGGUCUGGAGGCGGCAUGCCCUCUGAACUUUCUGGCUUAGGUGAUUCAGACCUGCAGAACAUCAUCGGGGGUAUGAGCCAACAGCAACUGAUGCAGCUCCUAGGUGGAAUGGGUGGAGGUAUGGGCUUGGGAGGAGGAGGAGGAGGCGGCGGUCUGUCGGCCCUCAUGGGAGGUCGACCCACAAGUGCCACAUCCACAGCAUCAGAGCCCCCAAUGAGGGUACAGUCCUCUCCAGGAGCAAGAGGCACAGAUUCUCCCUCCCAGGCCCCAAGGCCUGUCACGGCAGCAGCCCUGCCCUCCCAGGCCACACCCACAACCACAGCACCAGCCAAUCAGAGCACUGGGGCAUCCAUCACAACCACUGCUGCCACGCCCACUGCUGGGGCGUCGGCCUCGCGACAGGCCAUCCAGCUCAGUGACCUACAGAAUAUACUUUCCAGUAUGAAAGUUCCUGGAUCAGACCAAAAGCCAGACAUUGAUCUGGUCCAGGCCCUCAACCCAGAGACCAUGAUCCCUAUUCUGGCCAACAAGGAUGUCCAGGAGCGACUUGUCAAGUUCCUCCCUGAGGGCAAGUCCCUACCAAAGACAGAGGCAGAACUACGCAACACAAUCACCUCACCACAGUUUCAACAGGCGCUGUCCUCCUUUAGUGCUGCUUUACAGUCUGGUCAACUUGGCCCUCUGAUGUCACAGUUUGAGUUAGGGGUUGAUGUGGCCACUGCUGCUGCUCAAGGAGAUCUAGAAGCGUUUGUCAAGGCCAUGCAAGAACGUGAUGGUAAGAAGGAUGAGAAGAUGGACACAGACUGACUUACAUAGGGAUUAUGUUUGACCUGGAGUAAAGCUACACCAGAGUUCAUGGUUUAUCAGUGUGCUUAUUUCAAAAUGAAAUUCUUAGUUAUUCCUCAAAGAAGAUAAGGGAAAUUUCCUCUAUAGUUUGAAAUUCCAAGAAUUUCAAUUGUCAUUUGUAAGUCAAUGUGCUAUGUAUUACAGACUAUGUAUAAUUGAUCUGUCCGAGUGCUGUUGUAGAAUUAACCUUGGUGAGAGGUGGGAGGUAAAGCCAUCACCCACAGUCUGAAAUGAUUUAAUAUAGGGAAUGGUAGUCAGUGGUUGUACCACGUAUAGUAUAUCAAUACAAGUGCCUCCCACCUCCCAAUAAGAUUAAUCAUGGAAUAGCCCUAAAUAGACUUUUAGAAAUAUAUCAGAAUUAAAAUAUUCAAUUCAAAUGAAA